AUGGGGACGGGCGAAGUGCAGCAAGCCACGGUUGCUCCAGAUGGUGGUCUACGAGCCUGGAUCGUUGCGACUGGGGGGUGUGCAGCCCAGAUGUGCACAUUUGGCUAUAUCAAUACCUUUGGUACAUACCAGAGCUACUAUACACAAUAUCUCCCCGGUUCCUCUCCCAGCAGCAUCUCAUGGAUAGGAUCCUCACAGACGUUCCUAUUGUACUUCCUAGGAAUCAUUAGCGGGCCUCUGUCUGAUCGCUUCGGCGUACGCGCUGCAAUUGUCCCCGGAAGUAUAUUCUUGAUCGCCUCCGUCAUGGCCACCAGUGAAACUACGGGGUACUACCAGAUUAUGCUAGCGCAGGGUAUCCUAGGGGGAAUCGGCAAUGGUUUUAUAUUCACCCCAGCCAUGUCCUGUGUAGGGCAGUUCUUCACUACUUCACGCGCAUGGGCAAUGGGCAUCGGAAUCAGCGGCGGCGCUGUCGGUGGUGUCCUGUUCCCAAUUAUGCUGCAGAGGCUAAUUCCACGAGUUGGCUUUGGCUGGGCUGUCCGGGUGAUUGGGUUCCUCUUGCUCGUCGUGGCUGGGUACAUGUGCGCAACGAUGAAGGAGUUUGCGCCGCGCCGGAAAAGAGGUUGGCUAAUUCCUGCGGCUUGGAAGGAGAAGCCCUAUGUUCUUGUCAAUGUGGCCUUCCUGUUGGCUCUGAUGGGGUCGUAUACUCCGCUGUUUUAUGCGGUUGAGUAUGGGCUUUCCCAUGGCGUGGACGCUGCGCUGGCAUGGCGCCAGGUCGCCGUUAUCAAUGCGGCUUCGUUCUUUGGUCGGCUUAUUCCGAACUUUCUGGGUGAUAGGCUGGGGCGGAUUAAUAUGUCUGUUGUUUGCUAUACCGUGUGCGCUAUCUUGUGUUUAUGUUGGACUGCAGCUGAAAGUACUGCUGGGAUCACGAUAUGGAAUAUUGCCUAUGGAUUCUUUUCCGGUGCUAUCUUUUCCCUGUUUGCACCAGUCGUGGCACAAGUGUGUCCGAACCUAGGGGACAUUGGCACUUAUAUUGGCCAGGGAUCUACUUUAUGCAGUUUUGGUGCCCUUGUGGGAACCCCCGUCAGUGGUGCUUUGAUUCGGAAUUAUGGGUAUUUCUCUGCGUCCCUGUUCAGCGCGUUGACGAUAUUUGCAGGAGCGUGUUGUCUGGGAGCUGCUAGACUACUAUUUGGAAAGGCCUUUUUGCUUGUGGUUUAA